AUGAUCGCGCCAAGACAAAAGAAUGCCUCGGGAAGACAGGUGAAAAGACUGGUGCUACCUUUGCUGGCCAUUGGAUUCAUCAUUUGGUGUUUUCAUUCCUACUUUAACAGCCAGAUACCUGAAUCGGCUGAAUUUACGUACCAAGAGAUGCAGAAGCUGUCCACGUUGAUAGCAAAACAGCAGCAGCAAUUGCAACAGGAGCAAAGCGAAAACGCAGCAUUUGUUGUUCUCGCAAGAAAUGAUGACAGAGUUGGUAUUCGAAAUGCAAUGAGACAGUUGGAGGAUCGAUUCAACAGUAAAUACAAUUAUCCCUACGUAUUUCUGAAUGAUGAGCCAUUUGAUGAUGAUUUCAUUGAAUAUACGUCUGGCUUGGCUUCAGGGGAGACCUAUUACGGUUUGAUUGAUGAGUCCAUGUGGGGAUAUCCUGACUUUAUCGACCAAGAGAAAGCAAGGCAAGGGCGUGAGGCUAUGGCAGAGGAGGAUAUUCCCUAUGGUGAUUCAGAGUCUUAUCGUCAUAUGUGCAGGUUUCAAAGUGGAUUCUUCUUCCGCCAUCCUUUGUUGGAUCAAUUUGAUUACUACUGGCGCGUCGAACCUGAUGUUCAGUUUAGUUGCGAUGUGGACUAUGACCCGUUCAAAUACAUGCGUGAACAUGAUUUGAAAUACGGCUUUACUAUUUCUAUUCGCGAGUACGCUCUCACUAUACCUACACUAUGGGACACUACACAAGAUUUCAUCAAGAGGCAUCCCAGUUACAUUGUACCAUUCAACAGUUCAGACAGCUUCAUCGACUGGCUCUCUGAUGACCAUGGUGAAACUUACAACAUGUGUCAUUUCUGGAGCAAUUUUGAGAUUGGCUCAUUGAAGUGGCUUCGAUCUGAAGAGUACUUGGCGUACUUUAACCAUCUUGACAAGGCAGGCGGAUUCUUUUACGAGCGAUGGGGAGAUGCUCCAGUGCACAGUAUUGCUGCUGCUUUAUUCUUGAAGCGAUCUGAGGUGCAUUUCUUUUACGACAUUGGCUACUACCAUGGCCCCAUCUUGCACUGCCCGUCAGAACCUUCAUGGCUGCCCAAAGAGAAAUGCAAUUGCGACCCUGUAGAUAGUAUGGAUGAUGAUAGAGACUUUUCUUGCACAGCAAAGUACUUGAAUCUAGUUGGAAAGCAAAAGACUGAUUUUCUCAUAACAGAAAGAGCUCCUAAAAGAGGCAGAUAA